AUGGCAUAUCCGAGCCCUGGCGCUGUCCCGGCGUCACCACGAUCGAGCAACGACGGGUCAGAUGCUGACGAGGAUGAUGGCGAGGCAAUGAUCAAUGUCCAGAGAGCAGAGCUUGUUCGCGGGCACAGGCCGGUCGUCGUGUCCGAGGUACCGGUCUACGUAGCCCUCGAAGACCGCGAUGGCCGCAGGUUUGAAGAUAAGGGCAGCUGCAAGUUUGUAAAGUACCGAUGGAUGCGGGGUCCGCGCAUUCAACCUUGCUUUUACCACCCACACAAGAUGUCGACCAUCCGUGAUGUGGCCAAGACCUGGAGACACUACUGCUCCCGAGAGUGUUUCCUUAGAGGAUGGCACACUCUGCCACAGCAUUCCUGGAACCCGAAGCCAGAGGAGAACGAAGCCGAGGAUCCAAUUGCGCAGUGGACAGAGGUGGGGAGUUCCCGUCAGUACAGCCCAACGCAGAACGACAUCGAGAGACCCCUUCGCUUGGACAUCAUUCCCCUCACCAAGAGUGGGAAGGAGGCGAAGGGGAAGAUGACAAUCACCACAGGAACGGUCAUCCCGACGCCAAAGGAAGCCCGGAUGCGCCAGAUGAUCAGCAACGGUGGAACCUUCAAUGCGGAGUGGCUGCAAAAGCAGUUCAAGGUUUUUAAUUGGAACAUCCUGGCCGAUCUCUAUGCCACAGAGAACGUCUACCCCUACUGCGAGAAGUGGGCCCUCAGCUGGAAUUGGCGCAAGCACCUCAUCAUCAAGGAAGUGAAGUCCAUGGGUGCAGAUAUCAUCACUCUUCAGGAGGUUCAGAAGGAUGCCUUUGACGAGUGGUUCAAACCAGAGUUGGCUGCCGAUGGCUACGAUGGCCUCUUCCAGCAGAAGAAGCGAGAUCCGAUCUUCCAUCGCGGGAAGUACACAAGCGAAGGCUGCGCCACGUUCUGGAGAGUGUCACGAUUCAAAAGAGUGGAAAAGCACAUCUUCGACUACGACAGACUUUCCCAACAGGAAGUCGCGCACCACGUGAGGGACCAGAAGCAAGAGGAGAAGGUGAACCAAAGGCUCUCCAAAGGCAAUAUCGCCUUGGCUGUCAUCGUGGAGGACAGGCAUAUGAAGAACAGACAUGGUGCCGGCCAUCAGCUUUGUGUGGUCAACACCCACAUUCUCUGUGACCCUGCCGCGGCGGAUGUGAAGCUCUGGCAGUCCCAUCUGCUGAUCAAGGCUUGCAAGCUUGUUCCCAAUGGCGCGGUGCAUAGGCGGAGCCCGGGUCACUUAGCCAACCCCGAACACGGUCACUUGGCCAAUCGGAGAGCGCAUCGUUUUUCAGGUCACUUAGCAAACCCCGAGCGGUCACUUAGCCAACUCUCGAUUUUUUGGCUUGGGGUUUCCUUUUCGGAUUCAGGGUUUAGGGUGUCCCUUACGGCUUCGGGCUCAGGGUUCAGGGAUUAG